AUGAUGAUCAUUGACAGAAAUCAGAGUACUACAGUUAUUUUCAUUCUCUUGGGAUUCUCUGACUACCCUGAAUUUCAGAUUCCUCUCUUUCUAGUGUUUUUGGCUAUCUAUGUCAUCAGUGUAAUGGGGAAUCUUGGAAUGAUUGCAAUCAUUGUUAUAAACUCCAAAUUACAUACCCCAAUGUAUUUUUUCCUUAAACACUUAUCCCUUGUGGAUUUCUGUUACUCCACUGUUGUUAUACCAAAGCUGUUGGAAAACUUACUUGCAGAAGAUAGGGCAAUGCCUUUUUCUAUUUGCAUGACCCAAUUUUUCUUUAUUGCUAAUUGUGCUCUUACUGACACUUUUAUGUUGGCAGUGAUGGCAUAUGAUCGUUUUGUGGCCAUUUGUAAUCCCCUUUUAUACAUGGUCAUCAUGUCCCCAAAACGUUGUACUCUGCUGAUGGCUACAGCAUAUUCCUGGGGUACACUUUUCUCUCUGCUAUUCACUUACUCUCUCCUUGUAUUAUCUUUUUGUGGGAGUAACAUCAUUGAUAAUUUUGUCUGUGAUUAUUCUGCCUUACUUUCUGCUGCCUGCUCUGAUAAACACUUUAGUGAGCUGAUACUUUUUAUAGUUUCAAAUUUUAAUAUGUUGAGCACACUCAUGGUCAUAUGCUCUUCUUAUAUUUUUAUUUUUGUAACUGUGAUGAAGAUGCAUUCAGUUAGGGCAAGGCAUAAAGCCUUUUCCACUUGUGCCUCUCACCUGACAGCUGUUGGAGUCUUCUAUGGAACAGUCCUUUUCCUCUACUGUAUACCCAAUACUAAAAGUACCUGGUUUACCAAAAAAAUGGGUUCUGUUUUCUAUGCAGUGGUCAUUCCCAUGCUAAACCCCUUAAUAUACAGUCUGAGGAACAAUGAAGUAAAGGAAACAAUCAGGAAGUUAAUAGACAGAAAAUAA